AUUUUAGUGCAGCGCUAGAGUUUACUUCAAGCAUGGUGUCAAUUCAAUUUCCUGUCAACCUCAUUGCAUUCAAUAAGCUCAAAUGAGAGGGUAGAGCAAGCAAGUAUGCUACCUAGGACAAGUAUUGAUGGUUUUCGUGUUAGUGUGUCAAGUACACCUAGCUGUUCAAGUGGGGGAUCGGGACCAGAGGACAUCGAGUCUCUAGGUGAUCUUUAUAUAUGGGGACAAAUUUGGGCAGAUGUUUCACCUGAUAGUUUUGGGACUCAGCUCCCUCCCAUGACUGAUGUUUUGCUUCCUAAACCGUUAGAGGCAAAUAUUGUUCUUGAUGUUCAACAGAUUGCAUCUGGUGUCCACCACAUUGCUUUAGUUACAAGGCAAGGUGAAGUUUUCACUUGGGGAGAGGAAUCUGGGGGAAGACUUGGUCAUGGAAUCGAUAAAGAUUUUGGUCAACCCCAUCUUGUUGAGUUCUUGGCAGUUACUAAUGUGGAUUAUGUUGCAUGUGGAGAGAACCAUACAUGUGCUCUGACUACAUCAGAUGAGCUAUAUUCUUGGGGUGAUGGUGCAUAUAAUGUUGGACUUCUUGGCCAUGGUUCGGAUUCUAGCCAUUGGAUACCAAAGAGAGUUAGUGGCCCUCUAGAAGGACAUCAAGUUAUAUCUGUUGCGUGUGGCACAUGGCAUUCGGCAUUGGCAACUGCCAAUGGAAAACUUUUUACGUUCGGUGAUGGAACAUUUGGUGUCUUAGGUCAUGGAGAUAGAGAGAGUGUGUUAUAUCCAAAGGAAGUGCAGUUAUUAAGUGGAUUGAGGACACUUAAAGUUGCAUGUGGAGUAUGGCACACUGCAGCUAUUGUAGAGGUAACACUUCAGUCUAGUUCAAAUGUUUCAUCAAGGAAGCUCUUUACUUGGGGUGAUGGUGAUAAGUAUCGUUUGGGGCAUGGAAACAAGGAAACAUACCUUCAACCGACUUGUGUCUCAUCUCUUAUAGAAUUAAAUUUCCACCAGAUAGCAUGUGGAAACACUAUGACUGUUGCCCUCACUACAUCGGGUCAUAUUUUCACUAUGGGAGGCACUGAACAUGGUCAACUAGGAAAUCCUUUGUCCGAUGGAAAAGUACCAAUGCUAGUACAAGAUAAGUUGGUAGGUGAGUAUGUUGAGGAAAUAUCAUGUGGAUCUCAUCAUGUGGCUGUAUUGACAUCAAGAAGUGAACUAUAUACAUGGGGGAAAGGUGCCAAUGGAAGAUUGGGACAUGGAGACACAGAAGAUAGGAAGGGUCCAACAAUAGUGGAAGCCUUGAAAGAAAGGCAUGUAAAAAACAUUUCGUGUGGGUCGAAGUUUACAACUUGCAUAUGCAUCCAUAAAUGGGUCUCAGGAGUUGACCAAUCUAGUUGUACUGCAUGUAGGCAACCAUUUGGAUUUACUAGAAAAAGGCACAAUUGUUAUAAUUGUGGGUUAGUGCAUUGCCAUGGUUGUAGUUCAAAAAAGGCAUUGAGGGCAGCGUUGGCUCCAACACCCGGAAAACCUCAUCGUGUGUGUGAUUCUUGUUAUACUAAGAUUAAAAAUGUUGAGUCGAAUUCUGGUGCCAUUUUUAAUAGGAGAGCUACUACUCCACCUCGUACUUCUAUAGAUGGAAGGGAAAGAUUUACCCUGGGAGAAAUAAGAUCUUCAAGAACUCUCUUCCCUCUCUCAAGGAUUCACAAGACUACUACAGAGCAAGUUGUUCAGGUUCCAUCACUAGUGCAAUUGAAAGAUGUUGCAUUCCCAAGUUCAACAGGUUCAAUAAUGCAAAAUCUUUUGAAGCCUACCAUCGCUGCCAUACCUCCAACUCCAAGUCCACCACCAACUCCACCACUCAUUUCAAGGCCCGCAUCCCCGUAUGCAAGAAGGCCAAGCCCUACGCGUUCCGGCACUGGUGGAUUCUCUAGAAGUCUUAUUGAUAGUUUGAGGAAAACAAAUGAGCUUAAGAAUCAAGAAGUGUCAAAAUUGCAGAAACAAAUUCAAAGUUUGAAACAGAAAAGUGACAUGAAAGAUGUGGAAAAUCAAAAGCUUCGCCAACAUAUUAAGGAAGCUACAACAUUGGCAGCAGAUGAGUCUUCUAAGCAUAAAGCAAUGCUAGAAAUUUUUGAGUGCACUAUUAUUCAGUUGAAGCAAAUGGCUGAGAAGUUGCCACCAGAGAUUUUAGAAACUGAAAAUUUGAGAAUUGCACUUACUCAAGCUGAAGAUUUUCUGAAAGAAAACUCGACAUCUGAAACAUUUUCCGCGCCAUCAAUAUCAGAGUCUACUCGACAAAAUGCACCUGAUCCUGCCACAGAUAUUGGGGAUUCAAAAAUGCAAGAGCACAAUACAGAAGAAAAUCAUGAAACGGCGGCUUCGGACCCAUCUCAUGAUGAGGGGAAUGUCCUUCAAGAAAGAAAUGGAUCAUCUGUAUCCGAUAAUAGAACAGCAGUGCAACCACAAAGCUCCGAGGAGACGUCAAGGUUGGCAAGAGAUGGAGAAACACAAGUUAUUGAACAAUUUGAGCCUGGUGUUUACGUGACACUAAUAGUAAGGCCUAAUGGUGUCAAAAUUUUCAGGAGAGUUAGAUUCAGCAAGCGAAGGUUUCAUGAGCAACAAGCAGAAGAAUGGUGGAACAUAAAUAAAGAGAGGGUGCUUCAAAGAUAUGGUCAACAAGCUAGAAGUGAUGCUAAUGCAUCAUCUAGCAUCCCGGCACCACCUACUGAAGAAAAUAUUGAGGCAGCACCUACCUAACACUUGAAUCUUAAUUAGAUUUGCAUAGACAUCACCUUAGUUUAGAUGAAAGUACAAGGUACAGAAUGAAGCAUCAUUAAUCUACUAAGUGUAGCAAAAAGUUGUAUCUAGUUACAUCAAUUCCUAAAUUUAGUAGCUUUUUACA